UUACGUAUUACAAUUUUAUUCUAAAAACAAUUAAUUAUAACGACACUUCAAAUGUGUUAAGAAGAGUAAAAAAGUAUGCAUGAACAUUUAAGCUACUAAAUAUAGUUGGUCGAUGGUUUGUCGUCUUGGUGACGUAUUAUAAACAAAGUCAUUAUACCGGCAAAAACGCAUGAAAAUACGGUGAAAACAAUAUUUUCUCAAGAUCAAUAAAUUAUGAGAAGUUCAUGUAAAAGACAAAUCAAAUACGCUUAGAAGUGUUUGUGUCACUGCCGGAGUCGAAUGUACGCGUCCAAAGCAUCAUUCUUAAAAUAUGUAAAUUUAAAAUUGUUUGGCAUGUCUAAAGACGUACUUAAUAAAUACUGUACAGAUAGUCAAAAGUCCAAAACAUUGUCAAACAACCGCGCAGAUAGUCAAGAUGAUAAAAAAAAACUGUCAAAAAAAGCCUGGUUGCAAAAAGACUCUAAUUUCAAUAAAACUGAAACAGAUAAUAAUUGCAAUACAGAAGUAAUAUCCCGUUCUAUUAAUAGGCUUUUAAAAAAUGAAAAAAAAUCAAGACCCACAGCAAAUCCGACCAAAGUAUGUUUAAAACCGGAAGUCUUACACGAAUCUAAAGAACAGUUUGCACAAAGAAUAAAACAGGCGUGGAUCGAUCGGGAACAGUCUAAAUCGUGUAUUAAUAUUUAUUUGGCUAGAAAUGUUAUCGAAGAUCCUUUGAUGGAAUCUAUAGAUCAUGCACAGGAGUCUUCAAUACAAGAAGAGGAAAGAGACCCUAGUCGAACCGCGUUGGAAGUACAACUUCAGAACCAUGCGGGUGAAGGUGAAAAUUCACCAGAAGACUCUAGCGAGGAGGAAAAACCUCUUUCGGCUGCCGCCAGAAGAGUUAGGUUUUACAAGUCUGCGAAACAACAACAGAAUGAAAGACAAACUUUUACCAGAGCAAUGUCGGCGCCUUCGUCGAGACAACAAAGCGUGAACCCUACACAAGGACUUUUUUCGGCAAAUUCACGGAGAAAAUCUCAAGAUGUUCAUAGAUUCCCGACCAGGAAGCUGAAAUCUUGUAGGAGUAAAGCUUUCCAUAAAAGCAUUGAUGUGGAUAGUCGUCUGCCGAAUGGUCAAAAGUUUGGCAAAAAGAAUCAAAAUGUAGAAGUGGUAACGAUGAUGUCACUUUUAAGUCCAGUUGGAAGUGAUGUAGAGGAAUCACCAAUACCCGAUGACGUCUCCACAAAAACCGUUACAUUUCCUCAAUUUAAUAACAGUAUGCGUUAUCAUCAAAAAUCAUUUGAUAGUGCAAUGACAUCGAUUGGAAAACCAAAACUUCUCAACAACCGUGUUGGAAAAUCGUUGAUUAAAUCAAGAACAGUAGAGAUAACAAGGGAUGACGAUGAAGACGACGGGCCGGUUGUAAAAGAAGUAGUAAUUUCCAAACGCGGUGGCGACGACGGUGACGAUGACGAAACACUGCGGGACAAAGAAAUCGCACAGAUCGACGUCCGCUGCGACGUACUCGACGGCCAGCCGAUGCUCAAGUCCGACAAAGAGAAAGAAUGUUGGGCUCUUUUCAAGAAAAUGACGGCCAAAGGAGUGUCCGUCACUUUUGAUACCGUAUUGAGGUUCGGUUUGUGCCGAAUAUUAUUCGAAAAGGAAUGUUAACACCGACUGAAUAUAGACUGAGAAAAAACGAACUCCUGUUAUUCGGAUAGACGUAUGCAAUUCGCAUACACUUAACGUAUCACAUACCUACCUAUAUAAUAUUAUAUUGAUAUCGUUACAUGCCAUCGCAGUCAUAUAGCCGACUACGAAGUUCCUACAUACAUAUUAUAUAAUAUUAGCUUCGACAUACCGACUUGCGUCGUUGUCUUAUAGGCUUAUUUAUACUAUUAUACGCGGUAAUAAUAAUAUAUUUAUGUAUUAUAGCUAGGUUUAGAGCCUGCUGUACGGGGUGAAAAGAAAACGUCGAAGAACUUCGCCGUGAACAUAAUAUUAUUAUUAUAUAGAUUAUGCGGAUGUUGCAUUCGGGUUGAUACGUGUAUUAUACCAUUGUUAAAUCGUCCUAUGCCGUCGUAGGCUCUAUAAAUAUGAUAUAUAAUUUGUUUAAUCGUCCGAGGAGGCACAUAAGGCAAAGUAAUAGACAAUUUUUUUUUAAAUAAACAAAAAUGCAAUACGACGCAUAAUAUAAGCGACCAUAAGUAUAUAGGUACGCAAUUACGCCCGCUGAUCAACAUAUUUAUAAGCAAUAAGCACCACCGCGGAGACACUUAAAUUCUAUUUCAAUAUGUCAUACCUACGCA